AUGGAUUACUUUUGGUCAUUUUUCUUUUGCGUUGAUGUUGACGAGGAAAAACAAAGAAAAUUUGUCCUUGACAUAUGUACAAAAAUUAUAUCUCAUCCAUACGAACAAGUAAAUCCUUCUCUUUCUUUAGGAAAUCAUCAUUAUGGUCGUGAUAUGGAUCAACUGCUUCAAAAAGCUUUUCGAUCAAAAAAUGUUAACGUUACGCACCAAUUUUAUUCAAAUAUUUAUGUUGGCUACGAGGAAGAUACGUUGAGAGAUGUUUUACUAAUAAAUAAUACAUGGAUUAAACCUUUUAUUCAAAGAUUAAAAAAGUUAGAUAAAGAAAAAAGAAAGGAAUGGAAGCAAAAAUGUAUUAAUUCCCCUCAUUCAGUAGAUGAAAAGAAAAAUCAUUUAAUUAAUAAUAUUGAAAAUAUUUUACCCAGUUUUAAAUAUCUCAUUGACUUUGAGGUGUUUAUAAUUUUUGGAUCGGAACAUGGGAUUUACAUUAUUGUUGAAACCAAGAAUCUUGAUACGAAUUAUGGUAGAAGUGAACGAUUAGUCAAAAAUGUUGCUAGAAAUAACUUUAAAAUUCAAGCUAAAAAAUAUAAACAAUUUGCAAAUGAGGAAUUUAUAGUAAAAGUAAUUGAGGCUUUUUAUAUAAAUGAAAGUUUUACAAUUGUAGAUAAGCAAGAUAGAAAAAUCAUCAGGAUUAUUAAUUUUCAGCAUGUUGUCGGAAUAUGGGGACUAAUCUAUCUGAAUGAAAUGUUUUUAAUAUUAACAUCAGCAUUAAUUCUUGUUGCGAUUGUUACUACUUGUUAUACGAGAGGAAUUAAUGGAGUAUUUGAAAUAAUUGAUGAAAUCACUUCA